AUGGAAUACAACAUCCUGAUCACUGGUGUUUCCGGUUAUCUCGGAGGAACAUUGUUGAAUCGGCUAAAGAAUGCACCCCUCCCAAAAUACCACAAGUUAUUCGCGCUUAUACGGAAUCCCGACCAAGCCCACGCAGUCAAGCAAUAUGCUGCUGAGCCCUUGGUGUUCGACAUCCAUGAUUACGAAAGUGUACUAGACAAUAUUCAGAAGUAUAAAAUCAAUGUCGUAUUCUCUUUGGUCGAUGCAUACAGCUCUACAUGUCAAGAGCACUUUAUAAGAGCGCUGAGCGAACUGAAGAAAAAGACCGGGCAGGUGGUGCACUUUCUGCAUACCAGUGGAGCCAAGGCUUUUUCUGAUCAUGCGGGUGCUCCCGUUGAUAGGACCAUUCUUGAUACUGAGCAUAGUCUGCUUGAACUGCAGAAGUCGCAACACACCGAUCUCCCCGCAUUACAACAGCUUGUGGGUGCCAACACGAAGAUUGUUGAGCUGAGCGAAAGUCUGGGUGUUAGAAGCUAUAUCUUCUGCCCUUGUAUGGUCUAUGGCAAAGGUGAAGGAUUCGGCAACCAGGUCUCUAUUCAGACUGUUGCUAUAGUUAGUACUGCUAGGGCUACGGGACACGUCCGCAACCUCAACGAGUCCCAACAGGCGUCCUGGCCAGUGUGUCAUGUGGUAGAUAAUGCCUUAUUGUACAUCGCCAUUCUUAAGAAAAUACUCUCGUCCGAAGACUGCGACCAUGGCCAGGAGGGCUUCUAUCUCGCAUCCAGCGGCCGGGUUGCCUGGAAGGAUGUUUACGCAUCCAUCGGGGCUGCUCUGUUCAAACGAGGUCUGAUAAAAGAUAGUGCUGUCCACCCCGCCGAUGAGAAGGUGCUUGCCGUAAUGGCCGAGACACUCAAGUCGUCAACGGAUAUGGUGGCUCCUCAAUUGAGUGGAGAGUGCACGUUUACGGCCAAGCAUGGUUAUGAAAUCGGAUGGAAGCCUUUGUUCCCGCCGGACCAUAUUUUUGAAGUCAUGGACGAAGAAGUUGAUCUUAUUCUUUCGAGCAACGCAGAUAAAUCCGAAAGGACACAGAGAAAUGGUGCUUUCUAA